AUGCAUGAUGAUUUCUCCUUUUCACCUAACAUGGUACCUUUGCAUAGAUUGUUUGAUGAACACGACGUGGAUGAAGCAAUUAGCAGUUUCUAUGACGAACUGAUCCAACUUUCUUUUCGAAUCAAAUCACCGCAACAAGCACUCAAAAUUUAUGAAUUUUAUCAGAGCAAGAUAUGCAGGGCAUGUGGUAACACAUUAGAUAAUCCAUCUAACUUUUUCUAUCACACAUUCAGUUUGAAGCAUAAAACGAAAGUACUUAAAUUUGUUCACAUGAAUGAUCUCAUAUUUUGGAAGAAGUUAAUGGUCAAUUGUGAACCACUCGUCCCAAAAACAAAGAAAGUAACUACUCCAGAUGAGAAAUAUGUGGGAAAUCGAAAAUAUCAAACAUCUGAUGAUCUUUUGAACUCAAAUUACACUCUCAAUUCUUAUAAUAAUGCAAGGCAAUUGACUCAUAGUGCAUGUCAGACGGUUAUUACCUUUGAUACCACAGAAAAUGAGAAUCUACCUGAUGUUAUAUCUCAACAAAAUCCAAAGUUUUAUGAUGAUCAAAUAGACACAAGCAAAAGAUUAGACUUGGAGUUGUUCAAAGUUAAAAAGUCCUGCUUGAAUCUUCUGAUGAGCAGAGUCGAUAGAAAGAAGCUCAGCCGCGAUAUGCCAUGGGAUACAGUUGUCUGUAGAUACUGCAAUGUGGAAUGCGUUACUGCUUAUCAUUACAUAGAGCACUUCUUGAGUACAAUGCAUACCAUCUAUAUUGUAAGCGAUGGAAGAGUACCGAAAUUAGAAUUUUUCCAUUUCUGGGAAACAAUUUUGUUGAAAAAUGAAAGUUCUUGCAUUUAUUAG